GGAGGAAGAGGCCUCAGAGCAGCAGAUUAGGCCCAGGGUCCACCCCACCCUUUGUGACAUGUGUCUUUGGCUGCCUUGGUUUCCCAUUCUAUCUCUGCCCACUCCCCACCCCCGGAACCCUGACCAGUGGGUGGGCUACGGGCUGGAAUCUGCCACCCGGAGUAACCAGGCAAACAGAACUCUGGGACUCUGAGCCUGUUCUCCAGGUGAACUGCCUGUGCUCCCAUCUGCCACCCUCCUGGCCUGCCUGGGCUGGGCCCCCCACCUCCCCAUGCAGCACCCCAAACCCUUCUACGCUCCUACAGUUUCCCAAGAAGGCUUCAGUCCCCGGGGCCUGGAUGGCACCGAGGGGCUGGUCAGCCAACCCACUCCCACCUGCAUGGAGCCUCUUCCCACUGUGGGUUCCUCCAACCUGUACCACCCCCCAAACCCAGAGAAAGAGGUGUUUCCAGCCCCUCCGGCAGGUUUCCAGAUGGCACCCUGCGGCUGCUUCUUUGACCCCCGCAUUUACCGAAUUGAGUGGGCUACCACCGACUUCGGCCAGUCGUCCCUGUAUAAGCUGGCAGCAGUGGGCGGCGGGGGGACAGCAGGGAGCCCCGCCUUGGCAGGCACCUACCUGCUAGAGCCCCAGCACUACCUCAAGGCCUCGGUGCCACCCCCACUGCCCCCACCGUACCCCCACUUCCAGCCAGCACCUGGGGGCCCCCAGUACCUCAUGCCCUUCUUCCCGCCCGAGGGGCCCGGGCCUGAGGCCCUGGGCUUCGUGGGGGAUGGGGGGGCCCCCACCUUCAUGGAGCUGCCCCCACCCCUGCUCAAGGAAAGCCUGGUGCCCCCUCCACCACUGCUGCCCCCCAAGGAGAACAAGCUGCCCCCUCUACACGUUACGUUGCCCACUGAGGCUGCGCUGCCCCCUGGCACCUAUGGCCACCUCAAGGGCCGCCUGAGCCAGUUCCACGGGCCCGGGGAGCCCCUGGCCUUCCCUACCAAGGAGCUGCAGGGCGGUGGCACUGGGCCGGGCCCCGUGGAGCCCAAGGCUGCUGAGGCGGAGACAGCCCCACUGGGGGCGGGCCAGGCCAGACACCCCGAGGCAGCGAGGACCUUCAUGUUGCCUGAGAAGGUGCUGCUAGAGGACGCCAUGAAGCUGUUCGACUGCCUGCCGGGGGUCACCGAGCCUGAGGGGUCCCCGUGCAAGGCCCUGGGGCCAGCCCUACCCAAUAACCGUGGCGACGGGGACGACUCCUCCGGCGACAUCCGCUCGCUGUGCCUGCCGGAUGAGCUGCUGUCCUUCGACUACAGCGUGCCCGAGAUCCUGGACACUGUGUCCCACGUGGACUCCCUUUUCAACUUCAAGGCGCUGGAUGAGGAGCUGCCGCCCCGCCCAGGGCCCCCCGCCGCCACCACCACAGCCCCUCGGGCUGAGCCCGAGAGAAAGAGAAAGGCCGGUGCCUCAGCCACCAAGAAGGGGAGGCAGGGAGGCAAGAGCAGGCAGGCCUCGGGCCUGGCCAGCGCCACCCCUUCGGGACCCAGGCAGGACCUGGAAGCCACCCCCCAUUAAA